UCUUGUAUUUCCCCUCUUCUCGUUUGAUAUGAACCGACGAAUAGUACAGAGGGUUUGAUUCUUGUAAACGUUUUUUUGUCUGGAGCAUACUUUCCGUUCCGUUCAAGCCCAAUCGUCCGCGAUAUGGAUAUGCAUGCUGUCUGUUCUCAAGCUUCAUCACACUACAUCAUUCUACAAACUUGCUCCGAACGGCCUCGUGCAUGUUUGCGUCAAACCUGCUACAUUCAGGUAGUACGUAGUGUUCGGCCCAAGCGCGGCACGAUGAGAUAAAUUCCGCUAACUGUACCGGUACCGCGUCCCCACACGAACUACCGAACCCUCACGCCCCUGACAGUAGCUGACCCUUUGUAAACAACGGGGAAUCACAAUGCCUGGACUACCGAAAAACUUGGUGAGCACUUACCAGACGUACAAAAAUCAUACCGAUACCAUUGCAGAAUGGCUAGCCUCAACAGCCAGAAAACAUGGCUUCACUUCCCCUAAAGCGAAGAAGACAAACAAAACACCGAACCCUUCUCAGGGCCGGCCCACUUACACUGUCGCUACCAAAGAAUGGACAGAAAUGGCUGAGUUCAUCGCCAACUUAUCUGAUCCACCCGUCAAUGUGCCUAGCAAGCUCGCAACUCUCUUGGAGACAACCAUCAGCCUACGACAAUCCUUCUCGAAUAACUUAUCGGACAUCCUCGAAGACACAAGUUCCAAGCGAGAUUCUGAUGCUUCGCACGACUUCUUUCUCAGCGUUUUAAAGAAAGUUCACGAUAUCCUGAAGCCCAGACUCCCAAAGGAACGGCCUUCAUCGAAGAAACCCAGCACCGUAGAAGAGAUCAUCAAUGUAUUCGAACAUUUGGAGCUGGAGGAACCUUCGGCCGAGUUUGAACAGGCUCCUGACAUUCCGGCUGUGUCGCCAGUAAAUAGACCGAUUUACAGAGCUGAGCGGCAGAAUGACAUUCAGGAGGCGUGCUUUGCGUUUUCCUUGCUCCUCCAUGACCUCACAAGUAUACGCAGGGAGGUUUCGCGCGCGUGGGAGGGAUACAAACAGGGGGUGUACGACCUCGUUGCUGCUUCUAUCUCUACCAACACAGCUACGGAUCUGGCACGUUCGAUGGUGGACGACCUAAAGGGAACUUUUGCAAAGCAUGGAGGCGCAAGCAGAAUGUUGGAUGUGUAUUACAUGGCGAUGUGCAUGGAAGCCGGUACAACAGCAAACGACCGAGUUCGAACAGGCGACGACAUGAAUUUCGCAAUGUACGACGCCGCUGAUGCAUUAUUCCUCCCCGCGGCCCAAACGCUCACCGCAUUCUGCAACGUGAUGAAAGUCGGACCCGAUCCACAGAUGAAGCGCGGUAUUUAUGGUCACUACGAUCCUCAAUCCAAACGCAAGAGCAAGAGCAACCGCGAGAAAUUCACCGAGGAUAAGAUCCUUUUGCUUGAGAUGCUCGAAGAGUUUUAUUUCUUUUGCCGCUUCACUGGCCCAACUGGUUCGCGACCGCCUGUGGAAGAUGAGUUCACUUGCGGACUUAGAGAGAUGUUUAAGACUAAAGAGUCUAACCUCCCUCUCGCUUUUGCCGCUACCCUUUUCCUCGACAUCCACCACAUCCUGCGCGAAGAAGUCGAUAAUGGCUUCAAACGUUUAACAGAAGCCACGCACUUCAUUCAGGGUGACAUCAAAGAAGAAAUAUCCUUCCACGAUGGUAUCGAAAUGGAAACAUGGCCCACAGACAACGACCGGUUCGUCCUCCACUUCACCGAAACCCUCGAUUUCUGGUGCCACAACGAUCAACAACGCAUCUGCUCCGUCAAGCUCAAACGCGUCAACAUUCCCGCCCCUUUCAUCCUGCACCGUAGACACCCCUGGCUCUGCGGCCUGUGGAAGUACUAUGCGCAGAUGCGCUUCCACGAGCUCAGCAUCGUUUUCGUGAAUGCGUGGGGUUCCGUCAUGUCGUGUGCGCACCUUUACAACGCUGUGGGCGGCGGCACACACCGCGAUUCCAUGUGGAGAGACAUGGAUGUUGUUAUCGGACUUCAGAACUCGAAGACUUUUCUCGUGGGCGAAGCACCUACAGCUGCGGACGAUUGCUUGAAGCGAUUUGCGCUGGCUAUGGGCGCUUCUGCUGCCAAUCUAGCUAAGUCGACACGGAAAAAGAAAGGGCUUACGCUGUCGAAACGUGGGCCUAAGGGUUUGAAAGAGCUCGGUGAUGUGCUGCAGACGUUCAAAGAGCGAUUUUGUAAUGGAAGCGGGCAGACAAAUAUAGCUCCCGACGACGUGCACAAGAUUCUAGAGAAGGCGAGCUGGGAGCACGAACUUGAUGAAGAUGGUCACGUCCUAGAGGUCUACAAAGACACGGAUGAGCCGACAGAGAUGAAGAAGAAACCUUCUACCAGCCACCUCCAUGUCUCGAAACUUCUCAGUCUGCUUUGCGAUGUGCUCAACGCUGAAAUGGUUGAAAUUGCGUUCGACUAUCUCCGUCUCCACCGCAUGUGCUGGCGGCUCCUCCGCGCCCUCAAGGACGCCUGUCGCGAUAAGCUCAUCAGCAUGUACGGUCCUGAUUACAUUGAGAAAGAAAGUCAAUUGCCAUUCGUCGUUGGUUAUGUCCUCAUGUCGGCGUCCUCGGAGCAGCAGGUCGGUGAUAUAUUGAAAGCAAGGCUACCAGGAGUUCAGGUUACGGAUGCUGUGGUGGCUGCCGCGAAAACUGUAGUGAAGACUAUGAUUGACCAAGGAGCAGGUGCACUUAUUGUAGAGAAGAUUUUGCCCACAGCACUGGGUGUGCAGAUUGAUUUCGAGUUUGAAUGA